GCUCAGCCCUCUUCUUCUUUCUUUCCCACGAAUCCAUCCAUCCACAUCCACAAUGGCCUUCACUUGCUCCGACAUCUUCAAGAUCAUCCUUGCCGUCAUCCUCCCUCCUCUUGGUGUCUUCCUUGAGCGAGGAUGUAACGCCGACUUCUUGAUCAACAUCCUCUUGACCGUCCUUGGUUACAUUCCUGGUAUCAUCCACGCUUUGUACAUCAUCCUGAAGUAUUAAGGCGUUCUCUGUCUUCCCGAGGGUGUGAUUACCACCCCAAGGCAAGCAGAGAAAAGGGGACUGAAAUGCAAGAAGUAAUAUGCGUGAAAUGGACUUUGGGGAUGCUCCCGGGGCCGGCGGCGCAAAGCAUGUAACUAUAUGUUCUUAUAACUAGCCUAUGUAUCUCAUCUGGCUAUCGA